GGCAAGGGGGGAUAUAUAACUUGGAGGCGCAGCGAACGCGAGAGAGAGGGGCGAUGGCCGCGGGUGGAGGAUGCGGGGAAUCGGUGGAUCAGUAUCGGGCCGAGGUGGAGCGGCUCGCGCAGGAACUGGCCGAGGCGAACCGGGAAAAGAUCAGGGCUGCAGAGUGCGGUUUAGCUGUCCUGGAGGAGAACCAGGCGUUGAAGCAGAAGUAUGCAGAGCUAGAGACCGAGCAAGAAACCCUCAGGAAGGAGUUGGAGCAAUUACAGGAGGCAUUUGGCCAGGCUUACACCAACCAGCGGAAGGUGGCAGAGGAUGGGGAGACCAAUGAGGAGACGCUGCUGCAGGAGUCAGCCUCAAAGGAGGCCUACUAUGUGGGCCGUCUGUUGGAACUGCAGACGGAGGUGACGCUUAGCCGCUCAGUUGCAUCCAAUGCCCAGGCAGAGAACGAGCGGCUCAACGCACUCGUACAGGAGCUACGAGAGAGUAACGAGAUGCUCGAGCUACAGCGGAGCAGAAUGAGGGAGGAGAUCAAGGAGUACAAGUUCAGAGAGACGCGGCUGCUUCAAGACUAUACAGAGCUGGAGGAGGAGAACAUCACACUUCAGAAACUGGUGUCUACACUCAAGCAGAGCCAGGUGGAGUAUGAGGGACUGAAACAUGAAAUUAAGGUGCUGGAGGAGGAGACUGUCCUUCUGAACAGCCAGCUGGACGAUGCAUUGCGCUUAAAGGACAUCUCUGAGGGUCAGUUAGAAGAAGCUCUGGAUGCCCUCAAGACAGAGCGCGAGCAGAAGAACAAUCUGAGGAAAGAACUAGCCCAUCACAUCAGCCUGAGUGACAGUGUCUAUGGAGCAGGGGCCCACCUGGCGCUAACCGUCACUGGAGUCGAGGGCCUCAAGUUCCCCGAGGAGACCAACGGAACGAACGGCAGCACCAUCCCUGCUGCUAAUGGCAACAAUGAGGACAACAACCGUUGCAACGGUCACUUUCAUGCUGGCUCAGGGAUAGCUAAGAUGAACGGGGACUACAGGCCCGGCCGGAAAGGAGACGGCCUUCACCCUGUGCCGGAUCUGUUCAGCGAGCUUAACCUGUCAGAGAUGCAGAAGCUUAAACAGCAGCUGCUGCAGGUGGAGCGUGAAAAGGCAGCACUGCUCAUGAACCUGCAGGAGUCACAGACUCAACUACAGCACACACAGGGUGCCCUGACUGAACAGAAUGAGCGCCUCCAUCGUCUCACAGAGCACGUCAAUGCCAUGAAACAUUUCAAUGGCGAUAAAGAGCUUGAUGACCCUCAAGAGAGUGAAAAACCUGAUGGAGGGUCCUUAUCGCCGCCAACCAAUAGCCACCAUGAUGCUGAUAUCCACGGGUUUGAGAUUCUCGAGUGUAAGUACAAGGUGGCGGUGACAGAGGUGAUUGACCUAAAAGCAGAGCUCAAGGCCCUGAAGGAGAAGUACAACCAGGCAGUGGAGGGACAGGGAGACAACCACGAUGACGACAGGGUCCAGGCACUGACUGAACAGGUAACACAGUUGGAGCGAAGUUAUCGUGAGAGCCGGGAAAGGGUGACAAACCUGGAGGCCGAGCUCCGAGGAUCCACAAGUACUGCCUCAGAGAGCCAGGCCAUGCUGAACGCUGCCCAGGAUGAGCUGGUAACCUUCAGUGAGGAGCUGGCGCAACUGUACCACCAUGUCUGUCUGUGCAACAAUGAGACACCAAACCGUGUCAUGCUGGAUUACUACCGCCAGAGUCGAAUCACACGUAGCGGCAGCCUCAAAGGCUCAGAGGAUCCCCGGGCUUUGCUCUCACCUCGCCUGGCACGACGUCUUGCGGCAGCAUCAGCCGCCUGCUCCUCUGAGUGUCCACGCAGUCCCAUGGACUCCCCAUCCAAAGACGCCCAACAUAACGAGACAACAACCCACAGCCCAGCAGACUCCUACCAUAGCAGCCCCACCCGCAACCACACUGGUUCCCCGGUCAUCGGCAUCUCUCCUUGCCCAUCUCCAGCACCUUCAGAUGCAGGUGGGGACCUGCGGAAGGAGCCAAUGAAUAUCUAUAACCUAAAUGCCAUCAUCAGAGACCAGAUUAAACAUCUGCAGAGGGCUGUUGACCGUUCACUGCAGCUAUCCAGGCAACGGGCUGCAGCUAGGGAGUUGGCACCCAUGCUUGACAAGGACAAGGAGUCCUGCAUGGAAGAGAUACUCAAGCUCAAGUCCCUGCUUAGUACUAAGAGAGAGCAGAUAGCUACACUCAGACUGGUGCUCAAGGCCAAUAAGCAGACAGCAGAAGUUGCGCUGGCUAAUCUGAAGAGCAAGUAUGAAAAUGAAAAAACAAUGGUGACAGAGACCAUGAUGAAGCUAAGGAACGAGCUGAAGGCUCUGAAAGAAGACGCGGCCACCUUCUCAUCUCUCAGGGCCAUGUUUGCCACAAGGUGUGAUGAGUAUGUUACACAGCUGGAUGAGAUGCAGAGGCAGCUAGCUGCAGCAGAGGAUGAAAAGAAGACACUGAACUCCCUCCUCCGGAUGGCCAUCCAGCAGAAACUGGCCUUGACCCAGCGCUUGGAGGAUCUGGAGUUUGACCACGAGCAGACUCACCGUACCCGUGGUGCUAAAGUGCCCAAGAUAAAAAGCAGCCCGCCAAAAUUUCUUGUAGAUUGUCAGCAGCCUGCUGCCUCAGUACCGCCACUCUCCCCACAAAUAAGGCGAGGGAGAACCUCCCUAGCACGCAGUCAUAAAUUUGUGGCAGACCUCCAGGAACACAACGCAGUCCUGUCCAGCAGCAGAAGCCUUCUCUCCCCUUGCGACCCUCGUAACUGUCUGGCCCAGCAACCCCACCUUCCCGGCACCUAACCGGUUCUGGUCCUGCCCAGGCCAAGACCUCAGUCUGGAAGCAGUCCUCCAGAGACACAGAACACUGGAUGGGGGUUCACUCAGUUUAACUCCCCUAAACCAAGCAGUCCAACCUGAUGCUUACUGGAUACUGUGACCUCCCUGAGCUUUAAGUGGCCCAGCGCUGUCAGGCCUGCUGGUUACCUGGGUCGCAGAAGAGGAGCAGGAAGCUCUCUUCAUCUCUGGAAGUGACCUCCUGUCCUGGAAACAGAAAAUGGAGAACUGACCUGAGGUGGAAACGCCAGUGACAAUGCACUGGAAUCUGCCACCUUCCUAGUAUUCCUCCUUGUAUUUAUUUAUAAUUUAUUCACUCUGUUAUUUAUUUCUGAGAUAUUUAUUACUUGUAUGUUUUGUGUGUGCGUGUGUAUGUGUGGGGUUUUUUUUUGUGUCUUUCUGAAAGAUGGAAAUCAAAGCAGUUUAACACAUUCACUACUGUACAUGGCCAUUUUUUUUUUCUUGCAAAAACGAAAACAGUGCAAAUAAAAGCAGAACUUGUUUGGUGACUAUCUGCUUUUGAAAAACUUUUUAAAAAAAAAAAAGUCAAAUAUUAGAUUUUGUCAGCAUAACAAUCCCCCCUUCCUUAAACUCAUAUAUACCAUUUUUACUUGAGGUGUUAGCAUAUAUGAGUUUGGUAAUCAGACUAAUGAAGGUAAAGAUAUGAUUAUAAGAACAUCGUUUUUGUGGGUUGAUUUCAGUGAUCUAACGUUAUUAGUCUGGAUGCUUGUGGGGGUUUUUUUACACACAGAUUGUUUUUUUUUUUUGUUUUUUUUGCUUAUCAAGUGCAGAAAGACUAUUUUAUACCUCCUUUAACUUUGAUUUAUCUAUUUUUUACAGCAGACUUUGCAGAUGUGUUUGUGUCUGUUACAUAGCUCAGGUCUCUUGGAGACUGGGAUAGAUGAGUGGCUGGGUGUUUCAGAUCAGGAUUAGGGCUGUUGGCCUGAGUUUUUUUUUUUUUUUUUUUCUUUUCCUUUUGAAUUGCACAGGUUUAAGUGACCGUGGAGUGAACUGACCUCCCUUUUUAACAUUAGCUAAGGACAGAGGAUUUCCCCAAAGGUGUGCCUCCUCUUAAGUACCUGUCACUGUCAUGUUAAAGUUGCAUUCUUACCAUAUUUUCUGUCAGAAAACUGUUAUCACCAUUAAUACCCCCAAUCAUGACAUUAACAAAAAUGCCAAACAUAAUCAAGCUUACACUUAUUUGGUCUCAAAACAUCACCUUGUUCAGCCAUCUCAACAUGCUUCCUCCAAACAAUAUGCAGUAAUUACAAGCACAAUUCUGCACUAUGCAUUAGAGCAAUACAAUAGCACCUGUCGUAGACUGAUCUGGGUAAGAUUUACCAAAUCUUUGAACCAUUUCUGUCAUCAUUAACUAACCAGCAGGCUGACAAAGAAUGAUAGGAUGAUAAAACAACCGAUUUUAAUAAAAAAUCAAGAUAUUGUUGCUUUUGAAACACUGAAAUGGACAGUCUGUGACAUUUGUUCCAUAGUUAAAGUCCCAUCUUUCUGUAGUCGACUUUUCUGGUACACUCAUAAUGUCUCUGAUGUUGGAUACAGUUGUUUUGUCACAUGGAUAUGGAAGGGAUAACUUAAAACUAGUCAGUAUUAGUGUUGUAAUGACAGCAUUUCUGUUACAACAGUAACAACUGAGUGAACUGUGUGUGUGCACGCGUGUGUGUGUAUACAUUUGUUUGAUUUAUCGUUGUUAAAUUGUUACUUUUGCAACUACAGAGUGUUGAAAACAUUUGUGGUCCAAAAGCAGUUUCUGAACCCCUGCAGGCUCAUUGGUGACCUAACUCUUGGUUUGUUUGCACAACAUAGCUAUGGAUGGGGAGAGACUAAUCUAAAAAUGGAAAAAAAAAAAAAACAUGGUUCAAAAUGAAUGCUAGCAGUACUGCAGUGGGUUUUAAAGUUUCUCCAUCACUCAAAACAGUGUUUAAUUGGUUUCACAACUAAAUAAAGAAAUUGUCCUUGGA